GCGAUUUCCAGUCAUUUCCAGGCGGAACAGUGUUGGUUGGUAUUAUAUCUGGUGGGAACCCUUAUCGGGAACACCGGAAGCGCGCUCUCGGCGGAGGUGGCUGUGGAUCAUGCCUAAGUUUUACUGUGAUUACUGUGAUACCUACCUUACACACGAUUCGCCAUCAGUGAGGAAGACCCACUGCAGUGGCCGAAAACACAAAGAAAAUGUGAAAGACUACUAUCAGAAAUGGAUGGAAGAACAGGCUCAGAGCCUGAUCGAUAAAACAACUGCUGCCUUUCAACAAGGAAAGAUUCCUCCCACGCCGUUCCCUGGUGGCCCUCCCCCAGGUGGUCCUCCUCGUCCAGGCAUGCUACCAACGCCCCCCAUGGGAGGUCCACCCAUGAUGCCCAUGAUGGGGCCUCCCCCACAUGGAAUGAUGCCAGGUGGGCCCGGAGGCAUGAGGCCACCGAUGGGAGGACCCAUGCAGAUGAUGCCAGGACCACCUCACAUGAUGCGUCAUCCUCGACCGAUGAUGAUGCCGCCAGUCAGGCCGGGAAUGAUGCGACCAGACAGAUAAGAGCAAGUGGAUCUUCUCCGUUCCGUGUUGCCAUGAACAGACUGUCUAGUGAGAACACUUGGAUUUAUCAAUGCAACUUUAGAGAUUCCCUCAACCCCUUCCAACUUGAACCUGCAGUUCUUGAUGUAAUUAUGUCAUUUUUGUAUAAUUACGUUAUUUUCUGCCAGAAUUGUAGUAUUUAUUACUAUACACCGUAUCAGAAUUCAUUUUAGAUCCCUGUUUUAUUUUCUUUCCAAUGUCCUCUCUUGUGUUGGUGUCAAGUUUGAAAUAUCUUGUCUCACUUUGACCAGCUGUUCAGCAUGCACAUUUAAAGAGGGUGUUUGAAUUGACAAUAUUUGUUACUUUGUUUUUUUUUGUUUUGUUUUGUUUUGCUUUUGCUUUUCUUAAGGUUUUACUUGCUUUGUAUUUCAGUGCAUUGCUUUUAUAAAUAAAACUCUGAUUCCAACAAUUUC